UAAUUUUUUUCCCCCCCUAGAUUUCUGCUGAAGAGGUAAAGGACAACCGUGUAGUCAAAUUUGAGAUGGAGGCCAGAAAACUUGAUAACAAGGAUUUCUUUGGUAAAUCUGACCCAUUCCUGGAGUUCUACAAGCAAACAGAAACCGGAUGGCAGUUGGCACAUAGAACAGAGGUCAUCAAAAACAAUUUAAACCCUGUGUGGAGGCCAUUUAAAAUAAAUUUGCAGUCUCUGUGCGGUGGUGACAUGGAGAAACCAAUCAAGGUGGAGUGUUAUGACUAUGACAAUGAUGGCUCACAUGAUUUAAUUGGCAUCUUCGAAACGAAAAUGAAGGAGCUUCAACAAGCAUCGCGCACUUCACCUGUCGAGUUUGACUGUGUUAAUCCAAAGAAGAAGCAGAAGAAAAAAAAUUACAAGAACUCUGGAGUAGUAAGCGUAAAAUUUUGUCAGGUAGAGAGAGAAUACUCAUUCUUGGACUACAUCAUGGGUGGCUGCCAGAUGAAUUUUACAGUUGGUAUUGAUUUUACUGGAUCCAAUGGAGACCCCCGCUCUCCAGAAUCUCUCCACUACAUUAAUCCUCAAGGAGUUAAUGAAUACCUUAUGGCCAUUUGGUCUGUUGGAGUUGUUAUCCAAGAUUAUGAUAGUGACAAAAUGUUUCCAGCACUAGGAUUUGGAGCGCAGGUUCCACCAGAUUGGCGGGUUUCACAUGAAUUUGCCAUAAACUUCAAUCCUUCCAACCCUUACUGUGCUGGUAUACAAGGAAUAGUGGAUGCCUACCGAAGCUGCCUUCCUCAAGUCAAACUGUAUGGGCCCACCAAUUUCUCUCCAAUUAUAAACCACGUUGCCAGGUUUGCUGCACAGGCUGCUCAGCAGAAAAACGCAUCUCAAUAUUUCGUCCUGCUGAUCAUCACAGAUGGAGUAAUUACAGAUUUGGAUGAAACCCGAGCAGCAAUUGUAAAUGCUUCAAGGCUUCCAAUGUCCAUCAUAAUUGUGGGAGUUGGUGGAGCCGACUUCAGUGCUAUGGAGUUCCUGGAUGGAGAUGAUGGAUGUUUAAGAUCACCAACGGGUACACCAGCUGUCCGGGACAUUGUACAGUUUGUGCCUUUUCGUAAAUUUCAAAACGCCCCAAAAGAAGCCCUGGCUCAGUGUGUCCUGGCCGAAGUCCCUUCUCAAGUGACAACGUUCUUCAACUCCUUUAAUAUUCCGCCACCCAACAGCACGACUCCUCCUGCGAGUUCAUGAGACACUGGAAUGCAGAUGAAGAAGAAGUCAUUUGCAGCCCCUUUGUGACGGACAACUGGUCACUUUUUGGUGCUGUAAAUUGAUAAUUGAUAGGUUUGUUUAUGUUAUUGUGCCAAAUAUUUGCUUUUUUUAGGUAUUUUCGUAAUGGAAAUUCACUGGAAGCCCCACUAUUUACUCCCACAGCAUGUGCGUUUAGUCAAUGAUCAUUCAUUUCAUUUUCUUUCUCAUUGACAAAAGUUGUACAAUCUCUGACUGUUGCAUCAUUCAGAAAAUGAACUUAUUGGCAUAUCUUACUAUAUGCGACUGCACAAAAUUAUCAAUACAUGUCUUAUUAUUAAAUGGAACUAGUUAAAUGGGAUUCCUGUGUUGGAUGUUUUUAUUUGCAUAAUGAGAUGGCAAUAAAGUGAUUUUAGAAGGGAA